AUGUCUGCGCCACCCGAGGCCAAUCCAGAUGGUGCGCACCGGUAUGCUCGUGUUAAUGUAGACAGGCCGCGGGAGUACUGGGAUUACGAGUCUGCUCGAAUCCAAUGGAGUUCGCCCGAGCGCUACGAGAUAGUUGAGAAGAUUGGACGAGGAAAGUACAGCGAUGUGUUUCUAGGGUGGGACACUAAGGCCCAUCGGCAGGUGGUUAUCAAGGUGCUCAAGCCUGUGAAGAAGAAAAAGAUACUGCGGGAGCUCAAGAUUCUUCAAAAUAUUCAGGGCGGGCCCAACAUUGUGGAGUUGUUUGACGUGGUACGCGAUCCAUGCAGUAAGACGCCCUCGUUCAUCUUUGAGUACGUUCCAUCCUCGGAUUUCCGCACCACGUUUCCCAUGCUGACGGACUACGACGUCCGCUACUAUGUUUUUCAGCUUCUCAGGGCCUUGGAGUAUGCCCACUCCAUGGGGAUCAUGCACCGUGACGUCAAACCGAACAACAUCACGAUCGACCACAACCGACGUAGACUUGUUCUCAUUGACUGGGGUCUGGCGGAGUUUUACCAUCCCGCCACGACGUACAAUGCCCGUGUGGCAUCGCGCUAUUUCAAGGGCCCGGAGCUCUUAGUUGAGCUUCCCAUGUACGAUUACAGGCUUGACAUGUGGUCGCUUGGGUGCAUGCUCGCGGGCAUGAUAUUUAUGAAGGAGCCAUUUUUCCAUGGAAAGGACAAUAACGAUCAGCUGGUUCGCAUUGCUAAAGUUCUAGGCACCGAUGAGUUAUUCGGGUAUCUGCAAAAGUACAACCUGAAGCUGUCGCCUCUCCUGGAGGCGGCAGUGGGGCGUCACAGCAAGAAACCCUGGAGCACGUUUAUCACCCGGGAGAAUCAACAUCUGUGCUCGGCAGAGGCCCUCGAUUUCCUAGAUCAUCUGCUGCAGUACGACCAUGUGAAGCGGGUGCAGGCGUUAGAGGCCAUGCAGCACCCAUACUUUGACCCCGUGCGGGACGAAUGCGCGGCGAGGGCGGCGGAGAACAAGGCCACCGGCGUGGCCGGCAGCAAGGAGGGUUAA